AUGAGAUGGCCUCCAUUGCACCCGUACACCAGCCGAUCCCAGGAUGAGAUGAGGGAUGAGAUGGGGAAACCUCUCCCAACUCAGAUCAACCUCCAAAUGAGUACCAAAAAGAAAACUAGCACUGGUCUCGAACGACAACAUGCAUACCGUUCGUUCAAAGAAAGAGUGGACCUGCUAAAAAUAGAGCCCGCACGUAAUCUCGCCGUCAGAGCGUCCGAUUUCGUCGAAACUUCGCAUCUUCUAGUCACUUUGGAACACUGGAAAGAGGUCAAUGUCAGUGGAAACUUCACCGAUUUCUUGUACGAGGUGGAGAAGUUGUGUCAGACGUUGCCGCAGAUUUUGCACCACCAAAAUGCCAUCUACAGUGCAUUGGAGAAACACAUUCGGGUGCUAGACAUCAACUCGUUGCAGCCAUUAUUGGAGAUUUUGGCGCAAUUCAUCCAUGACUUGGGUCCAGACUUCAUGGCGUUUUACGAGCAGUUCUUGCUGUUGGUGAUCGAUGUCUCCCAGAAGACCAACCCUAACGAUUCCCAGAACAUCCGUAACACUUCCAAUGUCUUGGAAUGGACUUUCAACACUCUCGCAUAUGCAUUCAAGUACUUGGCGCGUACUCUUGUGCUUGAUUUGGGGCCUACAUUCGAGCAGCUUCUUCCUGUGUUCGAGAUGACCAAGAAAACGUACGUGGCGCGCUUCUGUGCUGAGGCCUUGUCCUUUCUUGUGAAGAAACUGAAGCAGCAGCCGCUUGAAGAUCUCGUGCACCGUGCAUUCAAUGACCACAAGCAACUUCUCCAAGAAAACCUUUCGUAUCGCGAGGCCAUGAUUGUGCUUUUCAGCGAGGCCAUGAAGAACACCCAGAACACCUUCCACUCCAAGUCUGCCACCGUCUUCGCGGUGCUUCUUGAAAACGCAAUGGCCGCCGGCCGCGACAACGACUCGUGCAUCGACGCUCUAUGUGACAUUAUGCUCAACAUCAUCGACCACGGCUCGGCCGACGCCUGUGUCAAGUUCUACACUAGCGCGCUGAACCAUUUGAUAUCUGUGGUCGCCGACAAUACCUCCUUGAAGCGGUUAGGGUAUGUGUGCCAGGUGCUCCUUUCUCUCUGCUUCGCGGAAUCUGGCAACAAGGUUCAGGAUUGGGACGUCAUUUUCGGUGUUGUUCUGGCCAUCACUGCCAACUUCGAUGCGCUCUAUGAUGAGAACGACCCAGCCUCAGCGGCUGUUCUUGCCUCUAUCACAUCCUUGUUUGCCACCAUUGUGCGCAAUUGCAAUAUCAAGUACCUUACCAGACACUUCAGCGGUAUGGCUGAGUAUUUGAUGGCCAAGGAGGAGGGUCUUUUUUUCGUCAGUUUCUACGAACUACUCAUGAUAAACGCAAAAGAGAAGGUUGCCGGUUUUGGCGCUACUCAAAUGUUGCAGGCAGUCAUCAACAAGGCUUCAUCCGAUAAAAUCCUCUCCAGACUUGCCCUCUGUUUGACUAAGGUGGAACAGCAGAAUCCAAGUAUUAAAACCGACAUCACUCUACCGCACUAUCUCUCCACUCAGCUUCUUGAGGCCGUGGCAAAGGAUUCUCAGACUCUUGCUAACGAUAACGACCUUCUUGCAUUGCACUGGAAGUUGUGUCUUCUCAUGUUCUCUUCAGAGCUCAAAGACAAAGACUCCAUUCUACUCACUCUCCUCACAAACUUGUCUGCAUCCAAACCCUCCGUACCAGCCUUUGUUCAUGACGUGAUCGGGAUCACGUUGGUAGCUGCCGUGCGUGGUUUGAAGCACGAUGAGACUGCCACCAAAUUCAUGGAUCUCUUUGAGGUGUUCACUGAGAACUUGGAAUCGUCUAGACAAUCCACUCUCUUCUUGAGUGGAGCUACUACUCUUCUUGACGAAGUGUCACAGUUGGCAAAGGAUACUCUUCGAGAGAGAAAGUCUGCUGUCAUCUCUUCUCUCACCAAAAGCUUGAGUCUGCCAGACAUCAAGGUGAGAAGAGCAGCUGCGGAGCUCAUGAGAAAGUACUUGGUGGCCAUCAACGAGAAGGUACCAUAUGUUGUUGCCCAGGCGGGCAUCAUUGACAAUGUUCCACUUACUGUUGAGAAUUCAAACGAUGUCAAAAUGAGAAUCCGUUUGAUGUUGAACGAUUACCCAAACCAGACUGGUCUCACUAAUUCCGACCAUCUGCAAAUAGCAAAUUACAUCGUGGGUCUUUUGAGCAAUGGUUAUCAGCCAUGCUGGCAGGCUGUCAACGAGAGCAUUCAGAAACUCGCGGCUACCAAUGUCCUGGACGAGUUAUGGGCUCGUUUCCAUGCUCUUCUUCGAACGGACUUUGCUGCUCAAAGCAACUCUUACUGGACCGGCGAUGUGCCGUUUGGUAGUGAUGGAGAUGUCUUUGUUGGACAAUUCCAGUCGUCGCACGAAAGAUUUGCAAAGUACUUUGACAUGCUUUCUACUACUUUUGUUCUUUCUGAGAACGAUAUUUUGCAUGAUUUGUACGAGCAAAUCAUCGAAAGCAGUACAACAGUGCAAUACAAUGCUUUGAUUAGAAACCGAGUUAUCCAGGCUUUAAGUGCUAUUCCUUCCGUUGCCGAAAGAAACGGUGCUGCGUUGAUCGAGUUGGUAAUUGAGCUUCAAGAUGACGACCAUCAAGGAUGGAUGUUCAAGGAUAUCAAUGCCUUGUGUAGCAUCUUCCCUAAGUUCAAGAGAAUCGCCAAGGUCUCCAAUAACCAAGAGCUUUUCGCCGCUAUGACCAAGCAGGUUUCCUCCAAAGACGCAGCAACCCAAAAAGCGUCACUUGAGGUACUCUUUGCAUGGAACAGACCCGAGAUCAAUAAAUACAAGGACAACUUGCUCAAUUUGCUCGAGGACAAGCUUUUCCGUGAUGAGCUCCAGACUCUAGUCAGCAAAAGCUCAGAGAGUAAAAUCGAAGAUAGCGAUAGAGAGGCAGUGGUUCCUGUUGUGCUCAGAUUACUCUAUGGAAGAGCCAAAGGUGUCACAAACAACAACAGUAAGAAUGGAAGAAAGUUUGCCAUUGCGUCUGUGUUGCCCAACCUUCCAGACGAGUAUAUCCGCCAGUUCUUGCUGAUUACUGCUGAAAACUUCGACUUUGCCGAGUACUUCGAAACAGAAUUACUUCCACAAGCCACACAGAAGGAUUUGCGCGCUAUGGUCGGAUACCUCAACAUGCUUUACGAGGUUUAUGUUGGCCUCGGAUACAAAUUUGCCCAUGUACUCACCUACACCAUUCAACCUCUUCUCUUCACUUUGGUGAAUGCUCAGAGUGUGCUCGAACAGGCUACAGAAGACGAGAUUACCAUCAAGACUGCUAAGACUAUUCGUCAACUCGGUUUCAAAUGUCUCAAUCACCUCUUUAAGGUCACUUCUAAGACUUACAACUGGAAGGACGAGGCGCCAUUGAUUUACGAGAGAGUUAUCAAGCCCAGACUUACACAUUUCGAAAGCGAGAACGCUCAACAGCCAUCUUCGAUGAUGCAAAUGAUGCUCUCGUGGAUCAACUCCCCGGAGCUCGUCUCGCUAUACUACUUCGACGACUAUGCUCCAGUAAAUGCUAUCGUCGCGCUUCUCUCAAACCCAAUUGCCAAGGACACUGUCCGUUCUGCCCUUCUUGACUUUUGUAUUGCUUGCUUCACUCAAAAAGAUGUUCACGAUGACCAAUUCUACUCCGUGUUGGCGCUCUUGGUUGAUGGUCUCUUAAAUGUGCUUCCUUCCAUUAUUCAGAAUUCGGAGGACAAGGAUAUUAACCUGAGAGCCUCUACGCUCCUUUUGUUGAUUAUAGAGGGUAAAUAUGUUGAAGCUCAUUCGACUAAGGGUGAGUUGAUCAAGUCUUGUUCCCGCGCUUUGGAAAAGCCUGCCAUUCAAAUCGGCAUCAACGACAAGGUCAGCAUUUUGCUUUCCUUGGCAUCUGUUGUCGAGGACUAUGAUAGUUCCAUGGAAGAAUUGUCAGGACUUUAUGAGACCUGCUCCCGCUCUCUUCGUAUUUAUAAGGACAGAAACAUGCGCUCAGCUUUGGUGAAAGUGUUCGAAGUUUUCGGACGGAAAUUCGAGGAUCUUGCCAUUGUUUCCGAGCUUUUGGCCUCUCUCAAUGCCUUUUCUGAGCGCCGCAUGUUGGAGCCAGAUUAUGACAGACGUAUGCAAGCCUACAGAAAGCUCAACGAAGAGUUGUACUCUGAAUUGAAUGUGUUGCAAUGGACUCCAAUCAUCUAUUCCAACUUGUUCUUCAUUAAUGAUCCAGAAGAGAUCUCGAUUCGUUCGAAUGCUGCCCAUACUCUCACCAGAUACAUUGACUGUAUGAACUCGAAGACAGAGGAAUCUGCUGCCGAAUACGUGUCCUUCUGGCACUCAGUGAUUGUAUCAUACUUGAGAGCUGGUCUCAAGAAGGACGCUGAGGAAAUCCGUGAUGGUUACAUUAAUAUCCUCGCUCAUGCUACUCGUGAGAACAAGCACCUCACUGAACUCCAAUCCAUGAAGGCGCUUCUUUCUGAUGACACUGAAGAAGACUUCUUUGUCAAUUUCAAUCAUGUUCAGCUUGGCCAGAGGCAAAAAGCACUCAAGAUUCUCGAGGCAAACAAGAACCAAAUCAGUCCUGAGUGUAUGUACCACUAUCUUCUUCCAAUGACAGAGGUCUACACUGUUUGCCAAAAUGAGCGGUAUCUCAAUUUGUGGAACGACGUUAACGAUGCCUGGCAGCAACUCACUCUGAUUCUCAAUUACAAGGAUUUCAGACAACUUUUCAGAAAGCACAUCACUGCCGCCGCCCGGGUCUCAGACAACGAAAAUGAGUUGAGAGACCGGUGUCGUUUGGUUGUGAGCAUCUCUCGUGGUCUCAAAACUUCGUUCGAUCAGAUCAGACUUGGAGCCGAAACAGAUCACUUCCAUGCCGUUCCCGAUGACAUCGAGGUCGUCCACAAGCAGAUCAUGGAUGAUUUCCUCGCACCAAUCAUGAAGCUUGUGAACAUCCGUAACGAUGACACUAUCGUGCAAAGAGCGCCAUUGGUGGAAGCAGCUGUCAACUGUUUGUUGUGUGUUUCUGAUAGCGUUGCAGAAGCUUCCAUUGCCGGAGUAUUGACAAGCACUUGUCAAGCAUUACGUUCCCGUACUCAACACAUUCGUGACGCUAUUCGUAAGGCAUUGGGCAAGGUCGCUCGUAUCUUGGGUCCGAAAUACUUCAGAUACAUUGUCAAAGAACUCAAAACUGCGCUUUCCAGAGGUUCUCAGAUACACACAUUGAGUUACACGCUCCAUUCUAUUCUUGUCGCAGUCAAGGGCGAGUUUUCGACUGGAGAUUUGGAUGAGUCUGCUCUGUUGAUCGUAGACAUUAUUAUGGAGGACAUCUUUGGUGCCGCCGGUCAGGAGAAGGAUGCUGAGGGUUAUGUCAGUAAAAUGAUUGAGGUGAAAUCGAAGAAGAGUUACGACUCUGCUGAGAUUUUGACCUCGAACAUCAACUUCAACAGAUUCCGUGCAAUCAUUGAUCCAUUCAAAAUGCUCAUGAGGGAAAACCUUCCAUUGAAAACGAAGAAGAAUCUUGACGAGCUCAUCAAGAGAUACGCAACAGGGCUCAAUUUCAAUCUGAACGCUUCAAAGAUGGACGUGCUUGUCUUGUGCUACGAGCUUCACCAGCAAUCAACCUCUGUGGAAGAACCUGUGAAGAAGAUGAGAAACAACAAAAGAGGAUCAAACGACGACCAUUUCCUUGUCAAUUUGAAUGCCAAGCCUGUCAGAAUGGUGAAUGAUAAUUCUCAAAUCAUGUUCACUCUUCAAACCUUGGCCUACGAGCUUAUGCGUACCGCUCUUGGAAAGAACAGAAAUCUCAUGACCGUCGGAAACCUCGAAGGUUUCUUCCCACUCAUGAGCCAAACGCUCGAGCUUGACAAUGAAUCUGUGUUGUGCUCCUUGUUCCGUGUACUCAACUUGAUUAUCACAUUGCCAUUUGCUGAGGAGAGAGAUGAGUUCUUCGAGAAAGCCGCCUUAAAGGCAUUCAAGAUCAUUCAAGAUUUGCCCUCGACCUCGCCCGUGGUUUCUCAACUCAGUUUGAGAUAUCUUGCCUCGAUUAUCCGUCACAAGCCCACGAUUGAGUUGAACCACAGCAGUCUUACCUAUCUUUUGACCAGAAUCAUCCCAGACCUCGAGGAGCCCCAUCGUCAAGGUCUUGCAUUCAACUUCUUGAAGGCUGUCGUGCUGCAACACAUCAUGCUCCCAGAAGUCUACGAUGUCAUGGAUAAGGUGUCCAAUAUCAUGGUUCUGAACCACACUGGCGAAAUCCGUGCCAUGUCCAGAAGUUUGUACUUCCAAUUCUUAAUGGAGUACGAGCAAGGAGAACAGAAGUUGGAGAAAGCGUUCAAAUUCUUGGUCAACAACCUUAGUUACCCUACUGAAGAUGGACGUCUUUCGGUUAUGGAGUUCAUGCAUUCGAUUGUUUUGAAGUCAUCGCCAUCCUUGUUAGAUCAAUUGAGCGUGAGUUUCUUUGUUGGUCUUUCUAAUGUUCUUGUCACUGAUGAUGUGCGCAAGUGUAGAGAGAUGGCCUCCGAACUUUUGGCCUUCCUUUUCAGGAGAUCUGCAACCAGCGCUACUCUUCGGUCAAUGGAGAAGCUCUGUUUGGCGUGGUUGAACAACACAAACAAUCCAUUGCUUCAAAGAUGUGGUCUUAUGGUCUACAAGGUAUAUCUCUCUGAGUUUGAGCUCGGAAAGUCUACAGAGAUGGACAAGCGGGCCCUUGCCGUAAUAGUGGAUGUGUUCAAGCGCGCUAAGAACGAUAAAAGCGAACACACUGAUGGAUCUGCUUCGUGGGAAGAGGUUUACACUUGUAUGAACGUUUGGGCUGUCUUGUGUAAGGAGCAGAAGGACGAGAUCCUCAGCGCCAAGUACGAGAGUGUCUGGUUGGAUCUUUUCGAAACGCUUCUUUUCCCACACACAUGGGUGCGUCUUCUCAGUGCACGCUUGGUUGGAACCGUCUUGAGCAAUCUUUCUGAUGUUGAGUUUGAGAUCACUCCUCAGCAGCUUCAGACUAUUACUUACAGACUCUUGAGACAGCUUGCUGCACCUACCGUGUCUGCUGAUUUGGGAACCCAAGUUGUCAAGAACAUGAUUCAAAUCAUCACCAAGUGGGAGCAAGAUGGAACCAAGUACAUUCAAACUGCGAAGGCUGAGAGCGCCGACUCCGAGGAGGCACCAAAGUUCGAAUUGGCGACCGACUUUGCAAUUGACCGGUUCUGUAAGAUCAUGAGACAGGAAAGAUCAAGUCUGUCUUCGAAUCUGUCUUCCUCUUCGGCUGUGACCGCAUCUAUCCAAUUGGCCGCUAUGGUUUCACAAAUUCUCACCCCCGAGAGGUUGAAGGCUGUCGCGCCGAAGAUUAUUUUGGGUCUUUACAUGAUUGUCGAAAACAAGGCAUACACGGCUGAGGAAAACGAGCUUUUGGAGCUUGGAAACGAAUGUCUCAAGAUCUUGGAAGCCAAAUUGGGCACCACGGGCUACAUGGAGGCAUACACCGAGGUCAAGAUCCAAGUGACGCAGCGGAGAGAACAAAGAAGGGCUGACAAGGCACAAUUGGCCAUCAAGGCGCCUGAGGCAGCUGCUCGCAGAAAAAUUAAGAAAAACGAGCGCUUGAGAGAAAAGAGAAAACAUCCAAGAGACGAAAACGGAUACUUCAAGCCUAAAAGAAGAAACCCAAUCCGCUAG